GUGGGGAGGCAGGACGAGAGAAAGAACAAGAGGAGGGAAAGCUGUUGUGUUUUGUGGACGGCGCCUUCCCAGACUGCCCACUGGAGCCCAGCUCAGCGCCCGGCAGCCUUCGACGCGAUGUUCCGCCGGAGCUUUAAUCGUUUUUGUGCUGGAGAAGAGAAACGAGUUGGUACACGUACAGUGUUUGUUGGCAGUCAUCCAGUUUUGGAAACAGAAGCUUACGUUGCACAAAGAUUUUGUGAUAAUAGAAUAGUCUCAUCUAAGUAUACACUUUGGAAUUUCCUCCCAAAGAAUCUAUUUGAACAGUUUAGAAGAAUUGCAAAUUUUUAUUUUCUCAUCAUUUUCCUUGUACAGGUCAUAGUAGACACACCAACUAGCCCGGUUACCAGUGGACUUCCACUUUUCUUUGUUAUAACUGUUACAGCCAUCAAGCAGGGAUAUGAGGAUUGGCUGAGACACAGAGCUGACAAUGAAGUCAACAAGAGCACGGUUUACAUUAUUGAAAAUGCAAAGCGAGUAAGAAAAGAAAGUGAAAAAAUCAAGGUUGGUGAUGUAGUGGAAGUACAGGCUGAUGAAACCUUUCCCUGUGAUCUUAUUCUUCUAUCAUCUUGCACCACUGAUGGAACCUGUUAUGUCACUACAGCCAGUCUUGAUGGGGAAUCCAAUUGCAAGACACAUUAUGCAGUACGUGACACCAUUGCACUGUGUACAGCUGAAUCCAUUGAUACCCUCAGAGCAACAAUUGAAUGUGAACAGCCUCAACCUGACCUCUACAGGUUUGUUGGGCGAAUCAAUAUCUAUAGUAAUAGUCUUGAAGCUGUUGCCAGGUCUUUGGGACCUGAAAAUCUCUUGCUGAAAGGAGCUACACUAAAAAAUACUAAGAAGAUAUAUGGAGUUGCUGUUUACACUGGAAUGGAAACCAAAAUGGCUUUAAACUACCAAGGGAAAUCUCAGAAACGUUCUGCUGUCGAAAAAUCUAUUAAUGCCUUCCUGAUUGUGUAUUUAUUUAUCUUACUGACCAAAGCUGCAGUAUGCACUACUCUAAAGUAUGUUUGGCAAAGUACCCCACAUAAUGAUGAACCUUGGUAUAACCAAAAGACUCAGAAAGAGCGGGAGACUUUGAAGGUUUUGAAAAUGUUCACCGACUUCCUAUCAUUUAUGGUCCUAUUCAACUUUAUCAUUCCUGUCUCCAUGUACGUCACGGUAGAAAUGCAGAAAUUCUUGGGCUCCUUCUUCAUCUCAUGGGAUAAGGACUUUUAUGAUGAAGAAAUUAAUGAAGGAGCCCUGGUGAACACAUCAGACCUUAAUGAAGAACUUGGUCAGGUGGAUUAUGUAUUUACAGAUAAGACUGGAACACUCACUGAAAACAGCAUGGAAUUCAUUGAAUGCUGCAUAGAUGGGCACAGAUAUAAAGGUGUAACUCAGGAGGUUGAUGGAUUAUCUCAAACGGAUGGAACUUUAACGAAUUUUGACAAAGCAGAUAAGAAUCGAGAAGAACUCUUUCUGCGUGCCUUGUGUUUAUGUCAUACUGUAGAAAUUAAAAUGAAUGAUGCUGUUGAUGGAGCUACAGAAUCAGCUGAAUUAACCUAUAUCUCCUCUUCACCAGAUGAAAUAGCUUUGGUGAAAGGAGCUAAAAAGUACGGGUUCACAUUUUUAGGAAAUCGGAAUGGACAUAUGAGAGUAGAGAACCAAAGAAAAGAAAUAGAAGAGUAUGAACUUCUCCACACCUUAAACUUUGAUUCUGUCCGCCGACGUAUGAGUGUAAUUGUGAAGACUCAAGAAGGAGACAUACUUCUCUUUUGUAAAGGAGCAGACUCAGCAGUUUUCCCCAGGGUGCAAAAUCAUGAAAUUGAGUUAACUAAAGUCCAUGUGGAACGUAAUGCAAUGGAUGGGUACCGGACACUCUGUGUAGCCUUCAAAGAAAUUGCUCCAGAUGAUUAUGAAAUAAUUAACAGACAGCUCAUAGAGGCAAAAAUGGCCUUACAAGACAGAGAAGAAAAAAUGGAAAAGGUUUUUGAUGAUAUUGAGACAAACAUGAAUUUAAUUGGAGCCACUGCAGUGGAAGACAAGCUACAAGAUCAAGCUGCGGAGACCAUUGAAGCUCUACAUGCAGCAGGCCUGAAAGUCUGGGUGCUUACUGGGGACAAGAUGGAGACAGCCAAAUCCACGUGCUAUGCCUGCCGUCUUUUCCAAACAAACACCGAGCUCUUGGAACUGACCGCAAAAACUAUUGAAGAAAGUGAAAGGAAAGAAGAUCGAUUACAUGAAUUGUUGAUAGAAUAUCGUAAGAAGUUGCUGCAUGAAUUUCCUAAAAGUACUAGAAGCCUUAAAAAAGCAUGGACUGAACAUCAGGAAUAUGGAUUAAUCAUCGAUGGCUCCGCAUUGUCACUCAUACUAAAUUCUAGCUCCAAUUCAAACAAUUACAAAAACAUUUUCCUACAAAUUUGUAUGAAGUGUACUGCAGUGCUCUGCUGCCGGAUGGCGCCAUUACAGAAAGCCCAGAUUGUCAGAAUGGUGAAGAAUUUAAAAGGCAGCCCAAUAACUCUGUCGAUAGGUGAUGGUGCCAAUGAUGUUAGUAUGAUCUUGGAAUCCCAUGUGGGAAUAGGUAUUAAAGGCAAGGAAGGUCGCCAAGCAGCCAGGAAUAGUGAUUAUUCUGUUCCAAAGUUUAAACAUUUAAAGAAACUGCUUUUGGCUCACGGACAUCUAUAUUAUGUGAGAAUAGCACACCUUGUACAGUAUUUCUUCUAUAAGAACCUUUGUUUCAUUUUGCCACAGUUUUUGUACCAGUUCUUCUGUGGAUUCUCACAACAGCCACUGUAUGAUGCUGCUUACCUUACAAUGUACAAUAUCUGCUUCACAUCCCUGCCCAUCCUGGCCUACAGUCUACUGGAACAGCACAUCAACAUUGACACUCUGACCUCAGACCCCCAAUUAUAUAUGAAAAUUUCUGGCAAUGCCAUGCUGCAGUUGGGACCCUUCUUAUAUUGGACAUUUCUGGCUGCCUUUCAAGGGACAGUGUUCUUCUUUGGGACUUACUUUCUUUUUCAGACUGCAUCCCUAGAAGAAAAUGGAAAGGUAUAUGGAAACUGGACGUUUGGAACCAUUGUUUUUACAGUCUUAGUAUUCACUGUAACUCUAAAGCUCGCCUUGGAUACUCGUUUCUGGACGUGGAUAAAUCACUUUGUGAUUUGGGGUUCUUUAGCCUUUUAUGUAUUUUUCUCAUUCUUCUGGGGAGGAAUUAUUUGGCCUUUUCUCAAGCAACAGAGAAUGUAUUUCGUAUUUGCUCAAAUGCUAUCUUCUGUAUCCACGUGGUUGGCCAUAAUUCUUCUAAUAUUUAUCAGCCUUUUCCCUGAGAUUCUCCUGAUAGUAUUAAAGAAUGUAAAAAGAAGUGCCAGGAGGAAUCUGAGCUGUAGAAUGGCAUCUGACUCAUUAUCCGCCAGACCUUCAGUCAGACCUCUUCUUUUACGAACAUUCUCAGACGAAUCUAAUAUAUUGUAACAGAAUCCGAAUCUUGAACUGCCUAUGUUAUUGUUCUACAAGCAUGUUGACAGUGGUUACCGCUAAAAAGGAAAGCAUGAAGAAAACUACAAAAUGUUAUCUCAGGAUACUCGAAUAUGCAACAAACUAAACCACUCUCAUGUCUAGGUUUCAGAAUAAAUGUUCAUUAAAAUACCAAGUGAUUCCCAUAAAUAUUUACAAUUAUUGUAAGUAGCCUUUAUGUCCAAAGCUAUAAGUUAAGAAUUAUAUGAAAGUUAAAAGCAAGACUACUUAUAAUUCUGGCUUUAGACAGGAUAAUACAACUACCAAAUGGGUGCUCUUUUAACCCAUGAACUUUGUGAAUGGAUUUAAGGACAGUAGUAUAAAGUAGAAGUUUUGCAAUGAGAAUGAACAGAUUUUGCUAAUAUUACUUUUUUUGCCUGGCAGAAGAAAUAAGCUGUUUGGAUCACAUUUCUCAUUUCUGCUAAACGAUCAUCUUAAAUUAUUUUUUUCAAACGUGUAAGGAAUACUUGAAAAUACAGAAGGACUAAAUGUUAUCAGUAAGUCGGACAGAAUAGUUAAUCCUUUCUGUUCACCCACACACAAAGUGUGUCUCGGUAGAAUAUCCUUGCCAAAAAAUACCUUGAACACUUACGUAGAAAGUAUUAACUCCUGGUAAUUUUGUGGGAAUGGAAAAUAUUUAUUUAUUUUUAUUCUUCUGAAUUAAUCCCCACAUAUGGGUGUAAGGCUACUAGACUUGAAAAUAAAGUAUCAAACAUUUCCAAUCACAAGGUAGCCCCUCAAAAUAGUUAGGAAACAAACCAAUUUUUCCAAAGUCAGUUUUACUGAAUAUAGGUAAGGUAGGUCAAACCAUAGUUACACAAAAAAAUAAAGGCCAAUCUGAACAUCAACCUUUUAUAACUUUAUGUGGAAAGGAAGGAAGAAUAGCUUAUUUUAAACUGUUAACGGUUUUUAUUUGAAAGCGGUUGCAUUUAUGCAUAUAUGCAGCACUUUUUUUUUUUUUUAACUUGCCAAUUUGGGAAGAGGAGGGAUCCAUCCCAAAAUGGUGGUUUAGCCUGUAGAACCAUGACUCUAUGAACGUGAAUGUUGUUGUCUCUUGUAGCUAAGUUGGGUCAGGGCAAUGGUCUAACUCUAAACCAUGAGAUUGACCUUGGUAAAGUCCUUGGUUUACUGGACUAAAAGGAGGUUUUAGCCUCCUAAUCAGUUCACUUAAAACAUAAAAUAAAUGUGAAAUGUAUUUAUUCAAUGUUAA